AUGGCAUCGUCGUGUAUCGCUGGACCUCUGCUGCUCGCCGCGUGCUCCCACGCCGCCGCCGUCGGGCUCGCCACGCCUGUGGAGUACCAGUACCACAGUUCUGCGGUAACUCCUCUGUCUCCCGCGCAGGAGGACGACGUCGCUGUGUCGUCGUCGGCUCUGCACGUUCGCCUGCUCCAUCACGACUCGUUAGCAGCGAACGCCACUCCAGCCCAGCUCCUCGCGCGCCGCCUGCAGCGGGACGAGCUGAGGGCAGCGUGGAUCAUCUCGAAGGCUGCUGCGAACGGUACGCGGGACGUUGGGCUCUCCAGCGGACGCGGGCUCGUGGCGCCGGUGGUGUCCAGGGCGCCGACGAGCGGGGAGUACAUCGCCAAGAUCGCGGUGGGUUCGCCGGGCGUCGAGGUGCUGCUGGCGAUGGACACGGGCAGCCAUCUCACGUGGCUGCAGUGCCAGCCAUGCCGGCGGUGCUACCCGCAGUCCGGGCCCGUGUUCGACCCGCGGCACUCGACGUCAUACGGCGAAAUGAAUUACGACGCGCCAGAUUGCCAAGCGCUGGGACGAUCCGGCGGCGGCGACGCGAAGCGCGGGACGUGCAUCUACACCGUGGGCUACGGGGACGGUUCUACGACGGUAGGCGACCUCGUCGAGGAGACGCUAACCUUCGCGGGCGGCGUCCGGCAGCCGUACCUGUCGAUCGGGUGCGGCCAUGACAACAAGGGCCUGUUCGGGGCACCGGCCGCGGGGAUCCUGGGCCUCGGCCGCGGUCAAAUAUCGAUCCCGCACCGGAUCGCUUUUCUGGGCUACAACGCGAGCUUCUCCUACUGUCUUGUUGACUUCUUGUCUAGCCCCCCCGGCUCCCUCUCCUCCACCCUCACCUUCGGUGCCGGCGCCGUGCACACCUGCCCGCCAGCGUCCUUCACCCCCACGGUCUGGAACCCGAACAUGGGCACGUUCUACUAUGUGCGACUCGUUGGCGUCAGCGUGGGCGGCGCGCGCGUGCCGGGCGUCACCGAGCGCGACCUACAGCUAGACCCAUACACGGGUCGCGGAGGCGUCAUCCUGGACUCCGGCACCACCGUGACGCGGCUCGCCAGCCCAGCGUACAUCGCGUUCCGUGACGCCUUCCGUGCCGCAGCAGCCGAUCUCGGCCAGGUCUCCAUCAGCGGCCCCUCUAGCUUCUUCGAUACGUGCUACACCGUGGGCGGCAGGGGCGUGAAGGUGCCCGUGAAGCUCCCGCCCAAGAACUACCUCAUCCCCGUGGACUUCAGGGGCACCGUCUGCUUCGCGUUCGCCGGCGCGGGUGACCGUAGCGUUUCAGUCAUCGGCAACAUCCAGCAGCAGGGGUUCCGCGUCGUGUAUGACCUCGCUGGCCAGCGCGUCGUGUUCGCGCCCAAUAGCUGCUGA